AGCAGCGGCGGCAGCAGUAGCUGCUCCUCCCCGGCGGCCGCCCCCCGCGGGUCCCUCCCUGGCUGCAGGAGAGGCGGAGGUAGAGUGAGGACACAGCGCCGCGCCGCCCGCACCGGAGACCUUCGCCUCGCCCUGCCGGCUCCUCACCCUCUGGGAGGACCAUGGAUAAUCUCAGUGAUACCUUGAAGAAGCUGAAGAUAACAGCUGUUGACAGAACUGAUGAUAGUUUAGAAGGAUGCUUGGAUUGUCUACUUCAAGCCUUGGCUCAAAAUAAUAUGGAAACAAGUGAAAAAAUCCAAGGAAGUGGAAUACUUCAACUGUUUGCAAGUCUGUUGGUUCCACAGUCUUCCUGCACAGCCAAAGUAGCUAACGUCAUAGCAGAAAUAGCCAAAAAUGAAUUUAUGCGAAUUCCAUGUGUGGAUGCAGGAUUAAUUUCACCACUGGUGCAGCUGCUAAAUAGCAAAGACCAGGAAGUGCUGCUUCAAACUGGCAGGGCUCUAGGAAACAUAUGUUACGAUAGCCAUGAGGGCAGAAGUGCAGUUGACCAAGCAGGUGGUGCACAGAUUGUAAUUGACCAUUUAAGGUCACUGUGCAGUAAAACAGAUCCCGCCAAUGAGAAGCUCUUGACUGUCUUUUGUGGCAUGCUGAUGAACUAUAGCAAUGAGAAUGAUUCCCUUCAAGCUCAGCUUAUCAACAUGGGUGUUAUCCCUACCUUAGUUAAAUUACUGGGCAUCCACUGCCAAAAUGCAGCUCUCACAGAAAUGUGUCUUGUUGCAUUUGGCAAUUUAGCAGAACUUGAGUCAAGUAAAGAACAGUUUGCCAGUACAAACAUUGCUGAAGAGCUGGUAAAACUCUUCAAGAAACAAAUAGACCAUGAUAAGAGGGAAAUGGUGUUUGAGGUUCUUGCUCCAUUGGCAGAAAACGAUGCUAUUAAGCUACAGCUGGUUGAAGCAGGCCUGGUAGAAUGUCUACUAGAGAUUGUUCAGCAGAAAGUGGAUAGUGACAAAGAGGAGGAUAUUGCUGAGCUCAAAACCGCUUCAGAUCUAAUGGUUUUAUUACUUCUUGGAGAUGAAUCCAUGCAGAAAUUAUUUGAAGGAGGAAAAGGUAAUGUGUUUCAAAGGGUACUGUCUUGGAUUCCAUCAAAUAACCACCAGCUACAGCUUGCUGGAGCAUUGGCAAUUGCAAAUUUUGCCAGAAAUGAUGGAAAUUGUAUCCAUAUGGUAGACAAUGGAAUUGUAGAAAAACUUAUGGAUUUACUGGACAGACAUGUAGAAGAUGGAAACGUAACUGUGCAGCACGCAGCACUAAGUGCCCUCAGAAACCUAGCCAUUCCAGUUAUAAAUAAAGCAAAGAUGUUAUCAGCUGGCGUCACAGAGGCAGUUUUGAAUUUUCUUAAAUCUGAAAUGCCCCCAGUUCAGUUCAAACUCCUGGGAACAUUAAGAAUGUUAAUAGAUGCACAAGCAGAAGCUGCUGAACAACUGGGAAAGAAUGUUAAAUUAGUGGAGCGUUUGGUGGAAUGGUGUGAAGCCAAAGAUCACGCUGGUGUGAUGGGGGAGUCAAACAGACUGCUCUCUGCCCUCAUACGACACAGUAAAUCAAAAGAUGUAAUUAAAACCAUUGUACAAAGUGGUGGCAUCAAGCAUCUAGUUACCAUGGCAACUAGUGAACAUGUAAUAAUGCAGAAUGAAGCCCUUGUUGCUUUGGCACUAAUAGCAGCUUUAGAAUUGGGCACUGCUGAGAAAGAUCUAGAAAGUGCUAAACUUGUACAGAUUUUACACACACUGCUAGCAGAUGAGAGAAGUGCUCCUGAAAUCAAAUAUAAUUCCAUGGUCCUGAUCUGUGCUCUCAUGGGAUCUGAAUCUCUACACAAGGAAGUACAGGAUUUGGCCUUUCUAGAUGUUGUAUCCAAACUUCGCAGUCAUGAGAACAAAAGUGUUGCUCAACAGGCUUCUCUCACAGAGCAGAGACUUGCUGUGGAAAGCUGAGAACUACCCCUCCCUGAUACACCCCUCAUUUCCCCUUUGUCCUCCAUCCAGCUGCCUCUUCUGCUUCAUUCUCUUCCAUAUCACUUGUGCAUGCGUGUAAUGUUCCAAUGCCAAUUGAAGAACUGCUGUAGGUACCUUCCCACUAAGAUUUCUAAACCCAUAGUUAGUUAGUUAGUGUGAACAUGAAUUUGUCAAAAACAAGUCUCCACCCCAUAACUGUUUCCUUGUAUUCCUGUUGCUUGAGCUACAUUAAGUAGAAUGUGCAUGUUGUAGUCCUAUGAUGAUGACGUAAACUUGGUACUACACAAUGACUUGCUCCUUGUCCUUGGUAGACUACAUAAUAAUGUACUGGUAAAUUAAUUAGAAACAAAUGAGAAUGCAGCAGGAUCUGACUAGCUUAUGAAAGAUGGAACUGAAUAGUAAAAAUAGCUCCAUUUCUUGGUGCUUGGAAAGCACAGUGACCAAAACACCUGUAUGGCUGCUUAUUCAUUAGUCUUACCUGCUAAUGUCAAACCCAUGGUACCUAGAGUUAAAUAAAGUCCAAUGCUCUCGCUCUUUACCCUCUGGUUUCUUCUUCUUCCUUUGUAGACUCUUGAAACUGCCACAAACUUGGCAAGACUUUCUAAGGUUUUCUAUGUCAUAUUUAACUGGCCGUCAUCCGUAGCCUGAUGCUGAAAACAUUUGUAGUUUUCAGCAUGAAACUAAGGGGUUGAAGAAUAGUACACUAGUACAUCUUGUUUUUUGCCUGUAUUUUAGAUUCUGAUAUAUGUACAGUUUCACCUCAGAAUUUCUUCUGUCAGUUAAUCAACAUUGUUCACCACAUCUCUUUAAAAGUCACUUGGCAUUUGUUUUCAACUGAGAAAGUUGAGUACAGCUCUUUAGAAAAUGGAUUUUUUUUUUCCUGUUUUUCACCAUUCAGCUUGAAAGCAAGAAGUUUCCUUGGUCUUUUAACCCUUUUAAAUUUUAUAUGAGAACUAGCAGGGCAUAUGAAAAAAGAUUAAGAAGUGUUUGUCUAGAGUAAAGAAAGGAAGGUCAUAAAAGCCAUAGUAGCCAGUCCAGUUCAUUCUGCACAUGGCCUCAUCCCAGUAGCUGUUAGAGUUUCCCACCUCCACUUUCCACAGAGAACUGCAGUGGAUCUUAAAGCCUAUCGGAAAGUGACAGUGCCAAGUGCCAAGACUGAAGAGGUCAGAAGCCCCCGUGGCAGAAUGUAGUACACUCUUCACUGCUACCACCACACCAAACGGGUCUUAGAGCUUUGAAACACAUGAACAUCCCUGUGACAUACCUGCCUUCUCCGAAUGCCCGUGUUUGACAAAUACUGGCUGAAAGGUAAGGUGGGCUCCUUGCUCUCCAGAAUUGAUGCUGCGCAUCUCUAUGGGGUGAUCGAAGUUGGACUUCUGACUCUGAAAUAGCUGUAAUUCGAGAAAGUUAAAACCCCAGUGGAGGUAAAGAACUUUUUGAGUGACUGUUCCCUCUGAUGUCCAAGCAAAGGACGGUUAUUGUGAGCGCUUUUGCUACAUUUACUGUAAGAACGAUCUGGUUCAUUGUCUUCUCCUGGGCUGGAUAGUGGACUAUAUUUUAUUUUAGAUUUUGAAAGACAUCUGUAAUGUUGCAUAAUAGGCUGUCCAUAUUAAUAACUAAAUAAACAGUAUAUAAACUGUAA